CCGACGACUGUUGGCAUUAGAAUGCGCGCGUGUUCAAUGCCAACUAUAUGAAGCUCAUUAAGAAGUGCCCAGGUACCUCCCAAUGCAUGUACAGCCAACUGUAGAAUUGCCUUAUCAACUUCGGUAAUCGUAGAUAUACCGCAACCGCAACCCCACCAUACAAUAUGAUCCGAGGCAAUGCCAGCGUUGCUAUCUCCAACUCCAAUCUAUUUAAUGCUCAUCAGAGAUCGGCGACUCACUCGCUUCUGUUUUAUUCCCUAAAAAUCAAUAUCAAGGAAUUGAUUGUCGCCACACCGAUUUCCAUGUCCACAAAGAACUUCACCGUGGCCAUCGUCGGCGGCGGCAUCGGGGGUCUCUCUUUGGCCGUGGGUUUAUUACGACGAAACAUUCCCGUGCAGAUAUAUGAGGCUGCACAGGAGUUCAAAGAAGUCGGGUUGGGAUUGACCAUCGGGCCAGCCGCACAUCGGACGAUGCCCCUGAUCGAUCCGCAGAUCCGUCGCAUUUACGAUUCGCUCAUCACCACGCAUGCGGACAGUCCGGGGUAUGAACGGUUCCGCGAGACAUGGUUCGAAGUUGUUUGGGCGACCGGGAAUGACGAAAAAUCCGGGGACGUUCUAUUAGAUUUGAAAGCAUUGCCGUCGGGCCAAACCACGGUGCGCCGGGCGGACUUUCUAGACGCAUUAGUGAGUCUGAUUCCACCGGAAAUCGCGCAUUUUGGCAAGAGACUGGCCCAUUUGGAAGAGACGGCAAAUGGUGUAGAACUGCGGUUUGAAGAUGGUACAGCGGCUACAGCAGAUGUGGUCGUGGGCUGCGACGGUAUCAAGUCCAAGGUGAAGGAGUCUAUCAUACCCCCGGAGGAAUAUCAGCGCGUCCUCCCGCGAUACAGCGGCAUGUAUGGAUAUCGCGCUGUGCUGGACAUGGAGACCAUGACCAAAGCUGUUGGAGACCAUCGGGCGCGAGUGUCUACGAUGUACGUAGGGAAAGGGGCAUAUGGGAUAUCAUAUCCAAUUAUGCGGGCACAAAAGGUCAACGUGGGGUUGUAUGUCUUGAAUGACCAGUGGAAUGAUGAUGCCUGGGUGCGUGCAGCAAGCAAAGAAGACAUGCGACGGGACGCUGAGCAUCUGGGUGACUAUGUUCAAUCGCUUGUUGAGGUACCGUCCCCUCUACAAUACGCGUAGAAGCACUCUGUACUGACGGCAAUAGUACAUGCCGGAUCCCACGCAAUGGGCCAUCUUUGAACACCCGCACAUCUCGACAUAUGCUCGCUCUCGAGUGGCCAUUCUAGGCGAUGCUGCGCAUGCAUCCACGCCUCACCAAGGUGCUGGAGCCGGACAGGCCAUUGAAGACGCGCACGUUUUAGCAGAACUGUUGGGCGAUCCCCGAGUGACCACCUCUGAGCACAUUGUGGCUGCAUUCAAGGCAUACGAUGCUGUUCGGAGACCGCGCAGUCAGAAAGUCGUAACAACUAGCAAGGAGAACGCGCAUUUGCUGUGUUUAUGCUUGGACGGCGUCGGGAAUGACGAGAAACAGUUGAAGGCAACAUUCCAGGAGCGAUUGCGGUGGUUAUGGGACGUGGACAUUCAGGACCAGGCUGAGAGAGCGAGGAGUAUGUUCACUUGUACAUACCGUUCAUAACUGUAUAAAUCGCACAAGUCACCUG